AGGAACCCUAAACUCUCGUGCCCUUUCUUUGGUGUUUAGAAUCAUCGUCUCCCAGUAGAGAAUCGUCUCCCUUACUCUUUCCGAGUGAGGACAGAACAUUUUUAGACUCGCUACUUCGAAAUAACUUCCAUCCACUUCUAAUCCUGUUUUCGCUUGUACCUAUCCUUGGUUCCGGGAGGAUAUUCGUUUACUACAUUUUUACUGCAUCGACACUUUCGACGAGAGGAUCAUGUCGUCUUUGUUUAGCACAGUUCUCGGCAAGAACGCGGACGUUCACCUGAGGAAUGGGCGGUGGUGCCAGUUUUUGGGUUUGUACAUCCUGGUCGUUAUCAUGAUCAUCUCGAUGGUCGUGAUGUACACAAGCAGCGGUGCAAGUGAAGCUAGCAAACAGCUCGCUAACUCUUACGAGUGCCCUGCAGUACGGCCGGAGGGGUCUGAUUACGGGUCGUUGUGCUUUGACACAGACGCGGCCGAAAUCGGACGCGGGCUGGACCAAGCAAUGCCGAUCAACAUGCUUGUAAUGGACCUGGCGUUUCGGACGUGGUUUGCGUUUCUGCUGCCCCUGUGGUUCGUGUUUACCGGGUUCGGGAAUCUGGUCUUCGAGGAAACGGGCACGAAAUUGUACGACGUGCAGGUGCUGUACGGGCUACCACGGGGCACGUACUGGCUCGCGAACGCGUUUUUUUUCGGUUUGAUUUAUGCUGUUCCGCUGUUGCUGGUUCACGUGCUGCGACUGAUCCUGUUCUACGGGACCACCGCUGGGCUCACGCGGUUGUACGCCUGGCCCGAAGUGCUUUCCCUGUUCUUUGCCCCACUGCCCGUGAUUGUUGCCGUGAUUUUUCUCAGCUCGACGCUGGCCGUCUCGAUCGAAAAAGAGACGGUGUACCGCCCGACGGUUCACCUGGUGGGAUUUCUCAACGGUGCCGUGUGUGUCGGUCUGUACGUGACUGGCGAGCUCUACCUUCCAAACCGGGGCGCGUCCUUCUUGGCCACGGCGUUCGCACAGGACAUGAAAAACUUCAGUCUCGAGGCAAUAAACAUAGUAGGCACCAAAGAAUAUAGUGCCGCGGCGACGGAAAAGCUCGAGGAGAUGAUCGUGGCUAAGGAUCCCGGACUCGUAAGCACGUGCCCGAACACGUUCCUGGGACUGCCACUGGCGCUGAACAUGCUCGCGGGCGUGGUUUGUCCCGGCUUCAGCUACGUGCGCAUCAUGGAACGCGGCGCGCAGCUGCUCCGCGUUUUGCAAGACAUGCGGCACCGGGGGACGUCGCCAGGUUGGAGCAGCCAGUUACAACAUGAAACGCCAGCGUCGGCCGCGGCAGCCAAAGCGGUUGCCGACGAGGGCAGCGGGUUGCUGAACUGGCAGCUUCCCCAGGGGCGGCCGUUUUGGAAUUCGUUUUUGAUGCCGCACUCGCUUUACUACUGCGCGCGGGACCCCAGCAAUCCGCACCCGCCCGUAGAUGCGCUGAUUGGUCCGGAUGAGAGCCCGAUCUGGAUUUCGACGCGUUUGGGAGCCGGGGCGGAGGGGAGCAAGGUGGUGUCCUUUGAGCGGCCCGAACUGAUUCAGCAGUACGCCGACAAUGCCGGGGCCGCGGACCUCGGGGCCAACAAUGGCGCGUACGUGCUGUUCGUGAUCUGUGACCACUUGACGCUCCUACUGAACGCCCUGUUCUGGUAUGGGGUUCUGCGGUACCGCCUCUGGUGCAAGGACCAGGCGGAGCAAGGAGACACGGCGGUGACGAAUGCGGGGGCGGCGAACACGCCGGCGGGAGUUGUUCUUGCGCACCAGCAGCAGCCGCUCCUGCCGCAGAACAACCAAGCUUUUCCCGGAGGGGUCGGCGCGGACGACGUGCUCCGGAUUGACGACCUCACGAAGAGUUUCGGCGGGAAGCUCGCGAACAACCACGUGAGCUUCAGCGUGCAUCGCGGCGAAAUUUUCUGUCUGCUCGGCCACAACGGGGCGGGGAAGACGACCCUGGUGGGGCAAAUCACCGGGUUGCUGCAGCGCACGAGCGGCAACAUCUUCAUCGACGGGGUCAGCGUCGCGGACCAGCCCGAGGCGGCUCGCCACAAGGUGACGCUGUGUCCCCAGCACAAUGCGAUGUGGGACGCUUUCACCUGUCGGCAGCACAUCGUCUAUUUUGCGCACCUGCGCGGCAUCCCGGAGGCCGAAAUCGCGGAAAGCUUGAACCGCUACGCCUGGGAGCUGGGCAUCUACGAGAAGCUCGACACGCUGUGCGAGAAGCUGUCGGGGGGCCAGAAGCGGCGCAUGUGGGUUUUGUGCUCCCUGCUGGGCAAGGAGGUGCCGCUGAUUUUGAUGGACGAACCGACCAGCGGGAUGGAUCCGCAGACGCGCCGCGACUUCUGGCUGUUGCUCAAGAAGCUGGUAUCCGAGGAGCGGAAGACGGUGGUUUUCUCGACGCACUACCUCGAGGAGGCGGACUUGCUGGCCGAGCGGAAGGUGAUUCUGGCGGCUGGGCGGGUGCGCGCGCUCGGUAGCAGCGUGGAGCUGAAGCACCAGUUUGGCCUGGGCUUCUGGGUCCAAGCCAGCGUGACCAAGGGCGCGGUGUCCGAGCAGGAGGCGCAGCGCAUUCUGGAGCAGGACGUGCGGCGGGCCGUCGCGGCCGUUGUGUUUGCGGCCCCGACGGCGCGACCGGAGGACGUGCAGGUGAAGGCCAGCCGCGUCAGCGCCUACUUCCGGGCCUACCUGGUGCCGUGGGCUGCGGUGGUGCGCAUUCCAGCACUGUUGGACGCCCUGGAGGCGCAGUUCCCCGCGUUGUCGGUUACCGUGGAGCAGACGACGAUGGAGGAGGUGUUUCAGAUUGUUGGGGAACAGGCAGAGGACGAGGAGCACGCGGCGGACUCGGCGUUGGACCCCGCAGCCAAGCGGGCCCAGCAGGAGCGAGACCGCGCACUGAGUCGUCAGCCCUUGCGUGCGCGGGUCCUUACCUUUGGCAACCAGGCGAGCAGCGUCUUCAAGUUCCGCUUCCUCGCGGAAACGCUUCCGAGCUACGGGUCCCACGUCUUCCCGCUCCUCGUGCUCGCCACCCUCUGGUUUUUCGCCUUCCACUUCAAGGUCACUGAGUCGGAUCCAUAUGCACAGGACGGGGGCUCGCUGAGCCUCGGGCAGGACGGGCUAACGAAACUGAUUUUCUCGGGUUCGACUCCCGGGCCCGGGAGUCUUUUUUUCUUCUUUCUCAUCGCGCAGGCGUUCGGGCCCUUGCAGUCACGGUCGUUCUUGCAGUACCAGAAGGAGCGCGACGAGGGAAUCCUGCAGCAUCUGACGCAUCACGGAUGUCAGCGCGGUGCGUACCACUUCGGGUCCAUCUCUGCCUACCUGCUCUUCCCGUACCUGCCCUACUGGAUUCUUUUUCUGCUCGCCUUCCUCUUUGCCGGCGGCUCCUGGUGGUUCGCGAGCGGAGGGUUCUCGGUUGCCUUUGUUUUCCUCGUGUGGCUACCCGGGCUUCUGCUUUCGGUGCUGGUCCCGGUCACGCUGGGGCUGUUCAUGGGGUCAAGGAUGCACACCGGCGUGGUGUGUCUGGCCUUCGCAAUGUUGAUUGUGCUGGAAGGGUGGGAGGCGGGCGUCACGCCGCAUCGGUUUGAAGCUCUGGAUCCCGCAAAGUCAACCUUGAAGGAACACCCACCAUCCUGCCUUGAGGCUUUCUGGGACUUGCAGGAAGGAUCCCAGGACCUGCCGUCGUCGCCGGCUCUGAAGGGGUUCGGCCGGCUGGCAUCGUUUGCGUUUCCGCAUCUCGCACUGGAAAACUCGUUCCGCAUUUUGUUGCAACUGCGAACCGCGUUGCACCUCGCGCCUCUCGCGAGCCACGCCGGAUCCGGCUCUCCGAGUACGCAAUGCCUGACAAUGUAUUUCUCGCGGAACUGGGACCAGAUGUCGGCGGAGUCGGAGGGCCCCGGUUUUGUGGAGAGUGCCUGGGCAGCAGUUACUAAUCAGGACGUAGAGAGUACAACUCCGGCUCAAGAAUUUAUGAAGCAACUCUACGACACGUGUGGGUUCUCCUCAUUCCUGGAGACCAGCCCAACGUCGUUCGUGCAAACUCUCCAACGUGGCCAUGGCGCCCAAAACGCCGAUCGGGGACUGCUCACAGACAGUGCAACAACUAACGCAACUGCAAACUCAAAGGAAGCAGUUGUGGAUUAUCAUGAAGCGCCACCCCCCUCCGGGGUCGUGACUUUCAAGACCCUCAACCCGGAUGAAGAUACGGCAUCGUCGGCCGAGGUCGGCGGGGGAGCAGAGCCGGAGCAGGGAGACCAGUUGUCGUCGUCGGGCGAGACAACUUCUACGACUUCCGGCACCGAAGAGAGCGUGCAGCACUUUGGCACAGCCGCGUACUAUUUCGUGGGGUCGGUCCCGGAGGGCAGCCCGCUGGCGGUGAUGUGGGGUGCCGGAGUCGGAGGAAAAUGCAGCGCUGUGUGGUCCCCCGGCUCGGCCGCCUUCGGGGGCGUGUGGCUGCCGGUGUACGUGCUCUCCUUCUGGGUCCUGCUGUUCUUCCUCCUCGAGAAGUGCCUGGCGCACCGGCGCGUAACGGCGGCGGGCGCCGCAAGGGAGGAGCUGCCGCGGCCGGAGCCGCUGCAGGACGCCGAUGUGGCGGCCGAGGAGGCGCGGUGGCCGCGGGACCGGGACGCCGUGGACGUACAGGGUGUGUACAAGAAGUUCGUGAACCCCGACGGAAAGCCGCACUGGGCCAGCAAGGGCGUCACGCUGGGGAUCCAGCCCGGCGAGUGUUUUGGCCUCCUCGGGCCGAACGGCGCGGGGAAAACGACGUUGUUCAACAUGAUGAGCGGGAACGACGAGACCGGCCCGCCGAACCUGGGCAGCAUCCACUGGUUGGGCAAGAACACGGCGGACGACGGCUUCGAGCUCGCGCGGCAGCACAUGGGGCUGGCGCCGCAGUUCGACAAACUUUGGCCCGACGUGUCGGGCCGCCUCCACCUUCGCAUCUACGCGCAGGUCGCCGGGCUCUACGCGGAGGAGACGGCGGACCACGUAGUUGAGGCAGGACCGCCAGGCGGUGCACCGCUCAAUAGGCCGUCGCCCUUGGACGUGGAAGCGGGUGGAGCCGCGCGCGCUCGGCAGAGAAGCGACGCAGGGGAGGAGCGGAUCUCGCGGUUCCUGCGGGAGGUGGGCCUGUCGGAGAAAGACGCGGACCGCCCGACCAAGGAGUACAGCGGCGGCAUGAAGCGAAAGUUGUCGGUCGCGCUGACCAUGAUCACGGACCCCCCGAUCGUGUUUCUGGAUGAGAUGUCGGCGGGCGUGGACAUCAGCGCGCAGCGCACGCUGUGGGACAAGCUGAUCAACCGCCCGACCGGACAGACCAUCGUGACCAUCUCCCACUCCAUGAGCGAGAUCGACGCUACCGCGGACCGCAUCGGCAUUUUGGUCGCGGGCCGGCUCAAGUGCCUGGGGGACUCGCUGCGGUUGAAGCAGGUGUACGGCAACGGCUACCACCUGGAGGUGGUGCUGAACCUGGGCAAGCAGACCCGGAAGUCCCGCAGCCACGUGCUCACGCAGGAGUGCGUGGCGCCGCGCGCCUCGCUGGCCGACGCGCAGCGUGCAAUCGCCGGUGGGGACGGAGGCAAGCAGGCGCGGCCGGAGGGCGAAGUCUCGGAUACGGACUUUACAGAGGACGAGUUUCUGCAAAUGGAGGACGGUGGUCUUUCCGGAGACGUAGUCCUCGCAGGCGCGAAUAUUCUUUCCGAGAAGGGACAACUCCAGCGCGGCCCGGAGGGCGAGGGGAGUCCACGCAGUACUAAAAAUGCAGCUGGGCCUAUUAAGAAGAAGAAGAGUAAGUCCACCAUCCUCGACAACACGGCCGCGAUGCCGCAGCAGCGGUUUUCGCAGCAGUUUCGGCGGUCUGUCGACGAGAAGAUCGCGUCGCCCGUGGCGGGAAAGGACGAGCUUUCCGUGGAGACGGUGGAGAUGUUUUUGGUGGAUUCCCUGAUGUCCUACAACAUCGGAAUUCCCCGGGGGGAGAUCCACGUACUGGAAAAGACCCCGAUCUCCUCUGCCCGCGUGCGGCUGUGUCUGGGGUUGGGCGUGCACGUGGACCGCGCGGGUGCUGCGGCGAAGGGCGGGCAGGGUAAUAAAUCGUCGCUGCGCCUGUCCUCGGUGUUCAAGUGGUGCGUGCAGGACCCGCUGAAAAUCAUCGAGGACUUUGGGGUGGGCGAGCCGACGCUGGAGCAGGUGUUCCUGAAGUUCGCGAAGGAGCAGGAGCUGCACGACCAGGCGGCCGAAGGGGCCGCGAACGGGGGGUUGGAUCCGUCGCACAAGGGCGCGGGGGGUCCUCCGGGCUUCGGCGGAAAGGGACUGCCGCCGGGAGGUGCGGUGGGAUUCGAUCCGAUGAAGGGCGGUUUUCCUGGUGGCGGAAAAGGAGGACCCUCACCACCCGGGAUGUUUCCGGUGAAAGGCGGUCCAGGCGGGAAAGGAAUGCCCCCAGGCUUCGAUCCACAGAUGAAAGGGGACCCGAGCGGAAAAGGAAAAGGCCUCCCACCGAUGGACAAGGGUGAUCCUAGCGGCAAAGGCCUUCCGCCGAUGAACAAGGGUGAUCUGAAAGGCGGCCUACCGCCGAUGGACAAGGGUGAUCUGAAAGGCCUCCCGCCGAUGAAUAAGGAUGAUCCCAGCGGAAAAAAAGGCCUCCCGCCGAUGAAUAAGGGUGAUCCCAGCGGAAAAGGUCUCCCACAGAAAAAGGGCGAUCCAGGCGGCAAAGCUGUCCCACCCGGCUUCUUUUGGUUCGAUGGUGAUCCGAACGGAAAGGGCCCACCACCAGGUUUCUACCCGAUUAACAAGGGCGGAAAGAAGUAGCGGCGUACUGCCGGCUGAAAAGGAUUUGUGAAAGAAAUAGCGAAGUGCUAAGCAGGUAUGUAGCCCUCGCUAGAGGUAAAAAAGCCAUAGUGAAGGAAUUGAAACCUUUCUGGCUGUAGUUCUAGAAACCAAAAAUUUUUUGCUAGUAAUAGCAAAACGCUUUCAUGUUAGAAAGUCUCUAGGACUUCUGCACGGUUUUGCAGGGGUUUUGGAUUUCUACUUUACAAUAUAGUCAUACUUCUUUGAUUUCGGAAAUUUAUCUUGCAUCAUGUUUCGAUUCCCAUUACCAAGGGAAGCUAUUUAGCCUACCCUGUAUUUCGAUUUCCUUGUUACCCACCGGACAACGGGGGAGCAUGAUGCUACCUAUCCCCGCCCAAAUAUAGUAUCUAUCCCCGAACAACGGGGGAGCACACAAAUGUUCGUUCCCCAUUCGCAGAGAGAAGUUAUCAAUGCAGCGUUGUUUUCUGAUAGAGGCGUCUCUACUCCGACG